AACUGAAUGGCCGGAAAAGACGUUUCCACUCGGACACGUGUUCCGUGUGCACCUGCCCCUGCACUGUGGUUUGUUUCGAGCAGAUGUGUUGUUAAGAAGUUUGUUUGGCGGUGCCUUAGUAAGAGUUCGUGCAUCGUGAAGCAGUGCUGCCGCUCGCUCACCUGACACGGUGAAACAACCGGCUCGCUCCGCCGUGACGUCAUCACCGCAGUGUUCAGCGUUACACUGCUCAUCCUGCACGGCAUGUCUCAGGACAGUCAGCAUGGCAAGUGGACCGUCUCCGACAGUGAUGACGAUGACGAGGCUCUUCCUUCUUCUGGGACUCCUGCUGUAUCCAAUCCCAGCUCCCGUCAGUCUCUCUCUCCCCCUCGCCCCAAACUGGAGCCAGUAGAGGUCCCAGUGGAGGCGAAACCAGAACCAUCAAAACCACCUGUGUCCUCACUUGCUAUUGGCUCUGAGGCCAGACAGUUGGCAGCAAAGAACCAGUUGAAACCAGUGAAGUAUGAAACCAGUCCGUCAUUGGCUGGAAAGCGUAAGAAGGAGGUGUCAGACGGCUCAGGGUGGGCUCUCUCAGACAGUGAUGAUGAUGAUGAUGAUGGAGGCGUGAAGAGCAAAAGUGUCAGUAACUUGCCCAAAAAAGCGCCUCUGAGCCCAAAGGCGAAAAAAGUGAAGGUGGAGAACGAGCGGCCUCCGAGCCCCCACGGCCGGCUGUACUACAUCGAUGAGCCGGAGGACUUCUUUGAAUCCAGUGUUCCUCGUCUGAAUGACACCUUCAGGUUCUACCUCAACAAAGUCACAGGCCUGGACAGGAAGUACAACACUGGAGCUCUGCACAUCAGGGACAUCCUCUCUCCAUUAUUUGGGACCCUGAAAGAGUCUGUACAGUUUAACUACUGCUUUGACAUUGCCUGGAUGGUGCAGCAGUACCCAUCAGAGUUCAGAGAUCGUCCAGUUCUGAUCGUUCAUGGAGAUAAGAGGGAGGCCAAGGCCCGGCUGGUGCAGCAGGCUCAGCAUUUUCCACAUGUUCGAUUCUGCCAGGCCAAGCUGGAUAUUGCUUUUGGAACUCACCACACGAAGAUGAUGCUGCUGUGGUAUGAGGAAGGCUUCAGAGUCAUCAUUCUGACCUCCAACCUCAUCAGAGCUGACUGGUACCAGAAAACACAAGGGAUGUGGAUGAGCCCCUUGUUUCCACGGUUACCAGAGGGCAGCAGUGCGAGCGCAGGUGAGUCGCCUACCUUCUUUAAGAGGGACCUGCUGGAGUACCUGGCAUCAUACAGAGCACCUGAACUCGAGCAGUGGAUCCAACGAAUCAAGGAGCACGACCUGUCUGAGACCAGGGUUUAUUUGGUGGGCUCAACCCCAGGGAGAUACGUCGGUCCAGACAUGGAGCGCUGGGGCCACCUGAGGCUGAGGAAGCUGCUGUAUGACCACACAGAUCCUAUUCCUGGCGAUGAAAAGUGGCCUGUGAUUGGCCAGUUCUCAAGCAUCGGCUCUAUGGGUCUGGAUAAGACCAAAUGGUUGGCAGGGGAAUUUCAGCGCACCAUGACCACACUGGGGAAAUCUUCCCAUCGCUCGGACCCCCCCAUGCACUUGCUGUAUCCAUCAGUUGAAGAUGUGAGGACUAGUUUAGAAGGCUAUCCAGCGGGAGGCUCUCUUCCCUACAGCAUCCAGACUGCUCAGAAACAGCUCUGGCUCCACUCCUACUUCCAUCGCUGGAAAGCAAACACAACAGGAAGGAGUCACGCCAUGCCGCACAUCAAGACGUACAUGAGGGCAUCACCAGAUUUCACUCAGCUCGCCUGGUUCCUCGUCACAAGUGCCAACCUGUCCAAAGCAGCGUGGGGUGCUCUGGAGAAGAACAACACUCAGGUGAUGGUUCGUUCAUAUGAGCUGGGAGUCCUCUUCGUGCCCUCUGCCUUUAACAUGGUGUCGUUCCCUGUUCACAAAAAUCCAUUUCUUGUCUCGUCGUCCUCGUCGGGUUUCCCUGUGCCCUUUGACCUCCCUCCUACAUGCUACUCUCCUAAAGAUCAACCUUGGAUCUGGAACAUUCCGUACAGCCAGGCUCCCGACACACACGGCAACAUCUGGGUUCCCUCCUGAAAACACACACAUGCACAUUCAUACACUCACACACACUUUUCUAUUGCUUUAAAACUGCUGUUUGUAACUGUCAGUACAGUACUAUGUUUAGAUGCUAGUUGUCAGUAAAAAUUAUUUUUAUAUUUCAUACUGUAGUGUAGACUCACAUGAUUUCUACUAAUAAAUACCCACAUGUUAUGUUAUCAUUGUCAA